AAGUGAUUAAAUACAACGUGGCAGCUGUCAUUUAAUCAAGUCCUUGAGUCCAAGGCCAAACGACUAAAUAAGGCCCGACGACUUUACUCUGGGAUCGAGAGGGAAUAACAACAACACACUCGGACGAGUAAGUCAACCAAAGCUUACCAAACCUACUUUGACAAAGCGAUAUGGAGGAAAAGGACCAGAAAUGGAUCUGUGAGGCAUCAGAUAUUGAGAAACUGUACGAAAUAGCUCAUAAGAGAGGCAGCUUCUUAUUAGCCUACCAGUUAAGUCUGAGCAGCAUCCAACCUCUACAAGAGAGCCACGUGAAAGCUGCGUUCAUUCAUCUACAAAGGAAGUGUCCAGCAUUCCGAAUCUGCUUUGGGCAACGUGAUGGCCAAAUGUGGCUUCGAUACAGGGAUACGGAGGACAUUGAUUUUAAGGUGGUGAAAGAUGUUGGACCUGAAUACGUAAGAGAUCGCCUCCAAAUUCACCAGUAUAAUUCUGAGGAAGGACCUUUAUGGUGUGCAAGAUUGCUAUUAGACACUAAUGCUGAUUCUUUGGCCUUAGAUAAAGACCUUACUCAUACUUCUCAGUUGUUUAUUGGAGUACACCACAGCAUCACAGAUGGACUGCUACUAGUUUGAAGGUCUGUGGAGGUCUCAUCCGAAUUCUCAAUGACGUCAUAGCUAAUAAGCCAAUAAGUGACGAGGAACACAUUGGAUACUUUGUAUCAGAUACAAAAACAGAGGAGAUAGUGGCUCUGAAAAUGACUGCCAUUCAAAAUGAUCCAUCUCUAAAACAGGAGCUUAUUUCAAGAGCGGAGGAAAAAGGCGUUGGAAUUCCUCUACUUUUGACAGUUGAACCUCCUCCUGAAGGAGAAGACAAAACUUGUAACUUGACACGGGUCUUAGACAAAGACACAACUAAAAGAUUUAUCAGCAGAUGUAAAGUUGAAGGUGUAUCCAUUCAUUCUGCCUUUGCAGCUCUUGCCGAUGCAUCCAUCGUCACUUUGUUGGUGGAGAAUAAUCACAUCCAAAAUUCUUAUAAGAUGUGUAAUGGCCACGUCAUUAACUUGCGGCGUUACUGGACUGGAGACUGUUCUGACGCCAUGGGGUGUCACGCCCACGCGCCACUCAAUUUAUGGACAGACGUGCCAAGGGACCUCAGUGGAAAGUUCUGGGACUUUGCUAGAACCCUCCAUCGAGAUCUUCAUCAACACUUGAAAAACGAAUCUAUUCUCUUUCGAGAGGCUUACAUAAAGUUAUGUAGCAAAAAAGAACAAAGCUAUGAAGAUAUCUUUUAUCAAGCCAACCCAAUGCAAGUCGACUGUGGAUUUUCCAAUUUAGGAGAUGUAACAGGUCUACUGACCGAUGAUGGACCUUAUGUAAAGCCUUAUCUUCUGAAACGACAUCUGUCACUCCAUCGUACAGAUAUAAAAAAACUUUGCACAUUUCCUUUCUUCCACUCUUUUAGAGGACGUCUGAUACUCAAUCUAUUAUAUAACCCUAAAUAUAUUGCGGAAGCUGUAGCACAACAGCACUGCAGUCAGAUUUUUGACACAAUGGAAAAAGUAAUCAAUGGAAGUACUUUCCACUGAAUGAGAUCAGAAUCUAUAAAAGUGGACUCAACAUGUACUUCCAAUGAAUGUGAUGUUCACAUAUGGUGUUGUAUAUGCCGAGCAAAAUGAGAAAAGUUGCUUGUCUGAUUUUGUCCCUUUACUUUUAUGAGAGAAGGGUAUGAAAGGUAUUUCUCUGGUAUAUCAUUCCUUAUUAAAACCAUGAAUUUUUA